AUGUCGUCCGAACCCCAGAAGUACGAGUGGCUCGUCAUCCUGCCCGACCAGGCCGGUGCCCUGGCCCGCCGUAUGGAAGUUAGGCAACAACACCUGGCCAACCUGCAGACCUACCCACCCGACUUCUGGCUCUGGGGUGGUGGUUUCUUGGAGGACGUGCCCAAGGAAGGCGAGCCGAUGAAGAUGCUGGGCAGUGCAAUGCUGGCCUGGGCCGCCAGCAAGGAGGAGGUGCUGGAGAAGCUCAAGAAGGACGUCUACACUGAGAACCAAGUCUGGGACUGGAGCAAGGUCCAGAUUUACCCGUUCAAGAGCGCCAUCAGGAAGCCUUUGUGA